AUAUCGACUAUUUAACGUUACAUCCGAUUCAUCAUAUUGUGAAAAUGAAUGUUUUUGUUUGAGUUCAAAAUAACAUGUGAUGUCUGCCGGAAAGCCGGAUUGUUGAUUUAUUAUAUCAUCUUCAUAAAUGUUAAGAAAAUGAGGGAUGAUGUGUAUAAGAAUAUUAUGAGGAUAUUGCGUUCAGUAUCUCAAGAUAGUGUUCCACAUAGCAGGAAAUGCAUGGAAAUAUUACAAAAAGCAUACCCAAUGGUUCCUGAAUUGACACUGGAAAGUAUUUACACUCUCUACUACCAGCGUCGCAUGAGGGUUAGACACUUCAAGUGCAAGGACAUGGCUGAGGAUCUAUACCAGAGGUACAAGUCUGCUGUCGCUAAUGGAGAGUCCAGAAUAUUGCUUCGCAUGUCAUUAGAAUUUGAUUUAGCUCCGGCGUUACUGGCAAGACUCAUUCUGGAUCAACACUUCGUGAGUGAGGACAACAAAUUCAACACAUGCAAACCCACUUUGUUUGUGAGAAGUGUCAAACCACCAAACUGUAAGUUACCCUGUGUUUCUGAAGACAGUUCUGUGAGUCAUUCUCUGAGUGACAGACAAACAUCUGACAACACUGUUUCUGAAGUGUCGGAAGAUGUAUCUGUCGAAGAAAACAGCGUAGAUUCUAAAUCAUUGGAUGAUGUCUCGCUGCCUGAAACUGACACAGUUUUCGAAACCGUCGGCACUGAAGUAAUUAAAGACAGUGCAACUAUCCCAGCAGAUCAGAGGCACAGAGCACCUUCUGCAUUACAAAAUGGAUUGCUAAAAUCACGAGGAGAUAAGAGAAUGCCAGGUUCAGGGUCUGUUAAUAAUGAGGAUACAGGUUGUGUCAGACUAGGCACGGUACACAAUGAAAGGCUAGUAAUAGUCGAUCAGAUUUUUCCAAAUAGCUCGGGCAAAUACGAAUGUGCAGUUGAUGAGGUCAUAAAGCGUAGAGGUAUUUCAAGUUCAAAGCUUGGUGAACUUGGUUCCGCAACCAAGGAAGCGGCAGUCUCCGAGAGGCAGCCACGGUUUCAGCAGGGGACGACAUCAGCGAACCAGAAAAUGUCUAGCAAAAGCAAAGAGAUACUUGGAGUGGAGGUCGAGGAAAGUGUUGUGGGCAAGCUUUCGGGACCUUGUAAGAACUCCAAACCUGACACGUUAGAGGCCGCCACCUCGACGAAUCAAGAGUCUUGCUGUAAAGUUGUGACCGUAGCUUCACAGAUGAUGGAAGAAGGCUUCAGGGAAGAGCUGCAAGAGCUAAGAAAUAAACUGGUCCAGCUGAAAAUAGAGACCAAGAUGACGAAAACUGACAGGCCGACAGGCUCAGAUGAAGCGGGUAUUGAGUUUUCUGGCUUGAAGCGGAGUAUAUCACGGUUAAUGAAAGAUACCACCCUUAUUCAUGAUAAGAUACUGGCACAUGAAGUUUCCAUGUGUGUCUUAUAUGACGAUCAGUAUGGGCCAGCUGCAACAACUUAUAAACACUCGCUCGGCCAGGAGUACGAGCUUAAGCUGGUGGAGGCGGCGAGGCAGGCGGACCUCACCUUCCACCUGGAGGCGCGGCUGAGGGCGCGGGGUUUCGACAAGACCCCGGACCUGCUGCUGGUGUACCCCGUGGCCGUCGGCUGCAGCGUCGUCAACUGGAUCGAGAGCAAGGCUCUGUUCGCCGACCGCGAGGUGCACGGCCUGUACUUCGAGCACCAGUACGAGCGCUACUGCUCCCGGUAUGGUCCAGGACUGGUUAUCUACUGGUUUGGCUUUGUCGAGUCUCUUCGUGAAGACGAUCCGUUCAUCCUGGUCAGAGAUAAUUUCCCCAAGUACAUCAAGCACAUGAAUCUGCUGGUUGAUGAUGCUUCAGACGGUGAAGCAGAUGAAGAGAAAGGCACCCAGCAAGAAUGGGAGGGAGCAGAGCCAUCGACAGAAGACAUGACAAAAUUCCUUGAACGAUUCAAGCUAAACAAUGCUUAAAAUGUGUUAAUUUUAAAACAAAUUAAAUAAGAUUUGUUGUAUUAUACUUUGACACUAUUUAAAGUAACAGUAUUUUAAUAUGAGGAUUAUUUAAUAUUUUUUCAACUAUGUGACUGCAUUUGUUAUAAACCAUUUUAAGUUUGUUUUUUUAAAGCUUGAAAAUAAUUUUUAUGCAGUUUGCUGGUGUAUUUUAAUGUAUGUUUUAAAACUUGCAAUUUCACCCAUGGGCAUGUAGUGUGUUACAUGAGUCUUUUAACAAUUCUUACCAAUCGAGUAUGUUUUCAGCUGUAAAUGCAUGUACAGUCAACUGUUGUUGAAUUAAUGUUUCACAAAUAAAAAUUUUAACACCCUGUUUGGACAGUAUA